AGUGGGGAGCGGGGGGUCUCCCGCGGAGCCACGUGGGCGCGGGCACGUGCAGGCGCCACCCCGUGGGCACGGACACGCGUGGCAAGAGCCACUCGGUGUCACACACACACACCCCCCAACACAUACACCGGGUCUCACCGCGCCUCGCCGAGGCCGGUACCGGCACCCCGUGGUUGCUGAGAUGCCGGUACCGGCGCCCGGUGGUUGCUGAGGUGCCGCCGGGAUGAUGCCCGGCGAUGCGGGGUGGGCGCCGGGGGUACCCGGUGCUGCCGGUCCCCGGUCCGUGCCCGAGGUCCCGGUGCCGGUCCCGGUGCUGAGGAUGCUGGUCCCCGGGCGGGACCGGGGUGCACGGGGUGCCGGUCCCGGUGGGUGCUGGUUGGGGAAACCGGAUGCCGGGUCAGUCCCGGGUAGAUCCCGGGAUGCUGGUCUCGGUGGGUGCCGGGUGGGUAGGAGAGGUUCCCGGCUCGGUCCCAGUCCCGGUGGUUGUUGGGUGGGUGGGACCGGGAGCCAACUCGUUCCCGAGCUGCCGGUCCCGGUGAGUGCCGAGUGGGUGGGAGGGAAUCCCGGCCCGGUCCCGGAGAUGCCGGGUGGAUGGGAGGGAUUCCCGGCUCGGUCCCGAUGGGGGCCGGGUGGGUGGGAGAGGUGGCCGGCUCGGUCCCCCUCCCGGUACCGGUAGGUAGGGAUUCUCGGCCCGGUCCCGGGGAUGCCGGAUAGGUGGGAGGGGUUCCCGGUUGGGUCCCGGUAGGUGAGAGGGGUUCUCGGCUCGGUCCCGGUCCCGGGGAUGCCGGGGGGUGGGAGGGGUUCCCGGCUCGGUCCCGGUGGGUGGGAGGGGUGCCCGGCUCGAUCCCGGUCCCGGUCCCGGUAGGUGGGAGGGGUUCCCGGCUCGGUCUCGGUCCCGGUAGGUGGGAGGGGUUCCCGGCUCGGUCUCGGUCCCGGUAGGUGGGAGGGGUUCCCGGCUCGGUCCCGGGGAUGCCGGGUGGGCGGGAGGGAUUCCCGCCUCGGUCUCACUCCCGAUCCCGGGGAUACCGGUCGAGUGGCGGUCCCGGUGCCGCUCCCCCCCGCCGCCUUCCGCAAAGGGUUAAUGGCACUCGGGGAAGUUGCCGGGCGGCGGCAGCGGCGCGGAUUGGCCCGAAGUUGGCGGGGCGGGUCGGGCCGUGCCGAGCCCCGCCGUGCCGGGCCGCCCCCUCCCCGCGCCGGCCCCCGCCCCGGCCCCGGCCCCGCCGCCCCCCGCCGCCGCCGGCGGAGCCAUGCGCCCCGCGCCGCUGCUCGGGCUCCUGCUCUGGGCGCCGCUGCUCUGGGCGCCGCCGCCGCCGGUGCGCGGCCUCCGCCACGGCGUCCACUGGAACGGCAGCAACCCCAGGUUCCUACGGGACGACUACGCCAUCCAGGUGGCCAUCAAUGACUACCUGGACAUCUACUGCCCGCACUACGAGGCGGCCGUGCCCGCCGGCCGCGCGGAGACCUUCACGCUCUUCAUGGUGGACCGGGAGGGUUAUCGCGGCUGCUACGAGACCCCCGGCGCCUUCAAGCGCUGGGAGUGCAACCGGCCCCACGCGCCCUUCGGGCCCGUCCGCUUCUCCGAGAAGAUCCAGCGCUUCACCCCCUUCUCGCUCGGCUUCGAGUUCCAGCCAGGGGAGACCUAUUACUACAUCUCUGUCCCCAGCCCCGAGAGCGCCGGGCGCUGCCUGAAGCUGCGCGUCUCCGUCUGCUGCAGAGGCACCACGCUCGAGCCGGUGACGGAGGUUCCCAAUUCGCAGCCCCACGGGCGCGGGGGUCCAGAGGACGCGGCGCCCGCCCGGGGUGUGACGGCCGCGCUGCGGCCCCGUGUGCCGUGCCUGGCGCUGCCCCUCCUCACCCUGCUCCGGAUCUGACCCCGGCGCUGCCCACGGCGCGGGGACGGGCUCCAGCGCCCGGUUCCAGGCUCUUCUUCCACCGCCGUCCCUCCCCGAGCCCGCGAGGCAGCCCCGGGGCACGACUCACCCGCCGGACCCACCGAGUCGAACCGGGGCCAGGAGCUCCGGGCUGGAAGGGACCUCCCGCUGGCAUCGCCGCACCCCAGUGGGCGCCUGCGCUGCCCCGGGGCCGUCACCUCAUCUCGUGCCUUCCCCGAUGGACCCCACCCCGGGGGACCGGGGACCCCCAGGCCCCGGAGCGGGGCGGCAGCUCCCCCGGGCACCCCCGCGCUGCCUUGUCCUCCGGCGAGGACACAUGGAUCUGUCUUCUGGGAAGACGCGUCCCCCUCCCCGCCGUCACCGGCCCCUACGGUUUGGUUUUAACCCCUGGUAGUGACUGAGCCGAGCAAAAUACAGUUGUUUGCAAGA